UCGCGAGUCAGCCGCCGUGCGCUGCGAUCGCGUGUACCAGAGACCCUUUGAACUAACUCGAGCCAUGUGUGAUGUUUUCAUCGCAGAGGGUGACUUUCGUCUAGGUUUCGUCCGCGACAUUUAUUUGUAUGAAUGAAUAAAUUUUGCAAAUAAUAUAUUCUGACGAGUCGUUUAGCUGACUGUAUAGGGGGACAGCUUUCGCCUAGUGUCUACUUUUCUGGUAAGCUCGUGGCCGUUGACAUUGCAGCGUGCGGAUCCCGCAGUGCGUGAGUGUGUGAUUAGCGAACAUAAUAAACGAAGAGAUCAGCUGAGUCGCGUAAACAUUUUUAAUUAGACAAUUAACGAUGUCAUAGACUAGAUGUACCGAAGCACAUAAAUACCGGUCCUGCAAGACUUCAAACAUGCGGCGUUUAUUGCUCCUGUUCCUACUUACAGGAACGGGAUUAGCUGUCGAAGUUCAUUUUGAAAAUAAAGACAGCGGGUUCUUUUUGAAACACACUCCAAGAUGGAACGGUGCCGGUCCCCCGCCUGAACCAAUAGGGACGGCUUUACCGGGGGCUUUGCUGUCUCUAGAUCGAUUCACGAUUUUACAAGGCUCAGCGCCGGCUUCAGUCCGAGCUACAUACGGUCCUUUUUCCACAAAACAAACUGUUCCUGCGCGUUAUGCAGUACCCGAUCCAUUGGAGCCACCGAAAAGGAAUGCAAGUUUGAUUGAAUUACAGGAAGCGACCGCGCACAGGCUGGAUGUUUCGGCUCAUUUAGUCUUCCGAGAACUGCCCCGAGACUCGCCUGUACUACGUGUACUGUUUCACACAGGGGGGGAAGGUGCACGAAGAGCAGCAUCUAGACCUCGACGUGUUUGCAUAACAUUGCAUGCGAGUCUUGGAUCGAAAUCGUUAACGGCCACAUGUGGUCCAGAAGGCGAAGAGGGGGCUUGCUUGGCUGAAUUAACAGUUCCUGCAGCGUGGUGGCCAGCUGACGGUAAAGGAAAAAGACCACCAAGAACUGUUAGGUUAGCUUACAGUGCCACAGAAGCUGGCAAUGGUGAAUCCGGAGAGGAUACGUGCGGUCGGGUCUCAGUACAACCAGCCUGGCCAUUGGGAUCCGUGAUUCUUGCGGGUGCAAGAGCAGGUUAUAGAGAAGCAAGAGCCGGCGAUGCAGCCCUCCUUCUACCACGAGCACCUCUGUAUCCGCAUUCUAGAAUACAUUUACCUUUUGUUGUUCGUCGUGACAGUUCUCACAAUAUAGGACACGUUGCCAUCAGAAUGAAAGUCAAGUCGGGAUUGAGGCUGCUAAGUGUUACGGCUGCCAACUCGCGCUGGGCUGUCACUUCAGAAGUAAAGAUGCGCUCUGCGACUGUCACAGCUACAAGAUUGGAGCAGCCACUGCGGGAUGAUGACGAUAUUGACUUUGAUGAAGAAGAAACUAUUGGAGCCGGAGGUCCUGGUUGGGAAGAAGUACUUACUUGGCUGGUGGAAGUUGGGCCUGAAGGUGAAGGUGACGCUGAGGGGUCCGAAGGCGAAUCUGGAAGGGGUACAGCACGUUUGAGCUGGUCAGCCAAAGUUUCUCCAAUAAUAUCUUCGUCUUCAACCACUGCUGAACCACCUCACGAACGGGUUAAUACACGUCUGGAUAUUGAAAAAGAUGAUAUACAAGCUGUUUUGCCGAUCUCAAAGAAUUGGGAAGUACUGAAUACAGCCGUAUUGACUGGACGUCAAGUGUCACAGUCAAUGAAGGUGCUCAUAGUCUCUCAAGCGGGACAAGUGGCUGACGUCACAUUACAGAGCUCCUGUCAUUCGGAAGACGAGAGUGUUCUCAAGGUGUCAUCGUCGUGCAGCUCUGUCUAUGUAGAUGGCUCCGAAAUCCGUGGCUCAUCGAACGCGUCCGUGAUAGUGAAAUACGGAACGUACACCGGCCUGGCAAGGUUCACUGUUUGGAUGCCUGAGAAUCCUCUAGAAAUUGACGUGGAUGACAACAGAUUAUCCCAAAUUAAAGGUUGGAAGGUGUCUGACGAUGCAAGUUCAAAAGACAGACAGCGACGAUCAUUGUCGGCUCGAGGCUGGGGCGGAUCUAGAUCUGACGGCACUAACUCUUUGACGGAUCAACGCUCUUGUCGAUUGAGAUAUCAGCAGAGCAACGUAGAGGUGUACGCUCGUUUUCUUGCAAAAGAUCACGACUCUGGAAGGGUGUCGUAUUUCGUGUCUCGCCGAACUUGGCUUAAAGUUACCGAGCUCGUGAUGUCGUUGAUGCGUGUCGCCGACUUGCGCAUCGCAACGUUAAGAGGGAAACUUCUUCAGGGCCGGAGUACCGGCAGAACAGAGGUUCAAGUCUUAUCCCCUAUAACUGGUCGUGUUAUCGGCGUCCGUGAAGUCCGUGUUGGUAACGACAAAGUAUCGAUCUCAAGGUUACUUGUUCGUGUGAUAUCUGGCCUUCAACUUAACAUCUCUCCGGACUCGGCUAUAGAAAAUGGAUAUGUUUCCGAAACGACAGUCACGAGACGAUUAACAGCACAAUAUCAGGAAGGUCUAUUGGACAUUGAUAUCGAGUAUUCGGAUGGAAGUCACACCCCACUUCGCGAUGUGGCCGUAUCUGACUACUUUUUACUAGUCGAGAGCCUAGAUCCCGAAGUUGUGGCAUUUGCGCCAAUGUUGGCUUCCAAGCACCCACGUGUGAUUGCUGUUGGUGAAGGCAGCGGUGAGCUUCUUCGUGUGACUUUGUUAACGCCUGAACAAUGUCGUUCCGGACCAAUACGACGGGUUGCGCUUCCCGGGAAAGGUGACGCAAAGACUCCGGCUAACAUUAAAAACAUUCCUGGGGCAUUGGCCACGGCGGCUGCGAGCGUAGAUGUCGACUUCAGCGGGGGAGAUGCACCACAGAGACCGGAUACGCCGCAGAACGAUGAUAUUAUGGCCAGAGGAGGACUUCGAAGUGGAUUGUCGGACCUUAGUGACGUGUUGAAGGGUAUAUCGCCGUUCAAAGACGAAAACAACCAUGAGCCGACAGUGCAGGCGCAACAUUACAAUUCGAUCUUCCGAAGCAACCCCGCGCAGCACCCCCGACAACAUCAGUCAACCGUCAUGACGCCGGUUGAAAUAGGAAUGUACGUUCUCCUUGGUGCUUUCUGCUUCGCGAUAGUAGUAUUCGUCGUAUCAUGUGUGGUGUACGCUUCUCGUCUGAAGCCGGCCGGACCAGAAGGAGGCACGGGUAUGUGCCGCAAGAUACCGGCACUAGCUGAAGGGGGGCGGUUGCAGGUCGCAGGACUAGUGGGAACUACGCUCGGACUGGCCAGGGACAAGCCCACAAGGGAAUCCACAACAAACGCUCAUGAUUGGGUUUGGCUAGGCAGAGCAACGAUGGAGAGAAGUGGCAAUCGUCAUCAAGCCAACCGCAAUUCCACGCAGGUUCCGGACAACGGCAACCAAGAGAUCAGGAUCACUGCUAAUCCUCUAAACUACAACUACGUUGAUCCCGAUGACGCGAUACGAGAUAACGGCAACGUUAUGGUCACAAGUUUCGACAAUCCAAACUCAAUUGAGUUGCCAUCGCAAAACGACACGAGAGUUAUCGAUUCCACGACUUACUGUAAGAAACCGGCUCGGCACACCCGUCAAUCGUCUGGAGAUGGACAUUGGCAGUCGGAGCCCAACAAUCCGGACGACUACCGACCGCCGGUGCCGCCACACCGACACUCCUCUACCAUUCAACAGUCGCAGUUGCCCGUACCCCCACGAAAUCCGAACAAAAUUUUGCCCGAAGCGGUUAUGCCACCAGCUAGACGAAGCCACUCAAGAAAUCACAAAAAAUACGAACGCGAACACGAACCCACGAAGAGAUCCCCGGAAAACGCCCGCCGCUCAGACCGAAUUAUUGAUCUAAACAAAACGGACGCACCAUACGUAACGAGCAGAGAUAUAAGCCAGUAUAAACGUGAUUCGGAUCCGAUGCAAAACUUAAAUGACUUUGAUGAUAACCCGGUUGAGAAACUCACGAACAAGGACGAUUGCGCUCGCCUGUUUGAAUUUGACAACGACGCUCCUCUGAUCAUGGAGAACAAGGACUACAGAGAGAUAGUGGGACUGAACAGAGGUACCGACGAUUCCCGACGAACAUUCGCGAAGCCAGAAAGCCCUGAUUACAUGCACGACUCUGGAAUAGGCCUACCGGACAUGCAGAUUCGUUAUAAGAACAAAGCCAAGGAACCCAAAGGAGAUUUUGUCGAGUCUGCAAACCAAAACAAACAUCGUUUCCAAUACGUGAAGAAUAAAUUUUUCGAUUUUAGCAAGCAGCUCUCCCGAAGUGAAACGCGCCACUAUAGUAGGCAACCCGAUGUUCUCACGCGAGGAGCGCCGCGACCCCCCCGCGGAGGCCCUGGGACUCGACGACCUCCACAUGGAUUACGAUCAGAUCAUGCACUAUUUCCACAACCUCAAGGUAUAAAAAGCCUCACACCGUCCCUCCACGCUUCUAGUGUAGAUGUUGCUGUGUCGCUUGCAUCGAUGUCACCGAUAAUCACGGCGCAGUUCUAACACGAUUUAAUAUAUUUUAUAUCUUCGAUGUUUACUCUCUUAUGAAUAAUACAGCCUGAAAUUUUGAUGCAUUUAAUAUAUUAAAAAAAAAAAAAAAAACUUUUUGAUUUUAGUAUGUAAUGUUUUAUAAAAUGUAAUUUGUAAAUUUUAUACGAAUAUAUAUAUACAUAGAUUAUCGUAAACGCCGAACAGUAUUAUUAUGUAUCGCGAUCUAUUUAAAGUUAUAGAUAAGGUAUUUACAUCAUAAACGUUUCGCACUCCCGCAAAAUAUCUCGUAGGUCUCAGUCGAAUAGAUUUUCAACGCAGCAUCACUCUUCGUCACUUGUUUCUACAUACACAUGUACUCUUCAUACGAGUAGCGUGCAGCUAUUUCUUGAUCACUAGCAUAGAAAGUAGCGUCACGUUUUCUAGUUUAGAAAUCAUUGUUUUUGUAAACGGAUAUGCAGUCUGUCUCACGUAUUUAAAACUUUU